AUGAGGCUAGGUGGGCAGCUGGACAGGUUGCGUCUCAUGAAGCCCCGGGUGUUGCUUGCCUUCCGGUCAAUGCGGCUACAUACACUGGUCAUCCCCCAACCGAAACAGGACAGCCUGAAGUUGUUCAAGAUUUACCACACCAUCAGCGUUAUCAAGCAUCCCAUCAAAGUCAUGCUUGGAAUUAUCCUCAAUCGAUUGAAAAGUCAGGCCGAGGAACCUCUGACCAAAGAGCAGGCUGGAUUCAGAGCUGGGCGGAGCACAUUGGAACAGAUCUGCAACUGCAGUGUCAUAAUUAAGAAACUCCUGCGACACCAACGAGAGCUCUUCAACACCUUCAUCGACUUGAAGAAAGCUUGCAGCCGCGUGUGGUAUUGUGGCAUAUGGCAUGUUAUUAGAGGAUUCAACAUAGACAAAGAGAUGAUGCAGGCAGCAAACACUCUUCGCAAACGUUAG